CUUCUUUUUAACUUGUCACACGCUUUCACUGGCAGUACUACUCGUUGUAUCGUCCGCUGCAAAGUUUUCAUGCUGUCAGUUCAGUAUGGAAAUACACGUGCAGUCUGAGCGCUCAACCUCUUCUCCUCUCCCUUUCAGCUGAACUCCAUCCACGUCCCGAUAUCCCCAACCCCGUCUUCUCCUUCCACUCCUUUCGCCCAUCACUCAGCCCAUCCUCAAUCCUCAUCGUCUUACUGCAUCAUGUCCGGUACCUUAGAAAGCCAGUCUAUCAGACUUGAAGUUAUCAGCGCAAAAAAUCUCAAAAUUCCUUCCAACCGCUUUCCCGCUGGCAUUUACGUAUCCAUCAAUGUCGACUCGAGGGGAUGCUGGAAAUCAGCCAUCAAAGUCUUAUCAUCCGACAAAUCUGUAGUGUGGGGUGAUGCUGUGACCCUAUCAUCACAGGCGUCACCUGCAUUAUCAAUUGAGAUCAGGGUAUCCUAUGAGCUCGAUCGAAUGCUAGGCAAUGGCAAAGUCAUCGGAAAACUCGAAACGUCGUGGAAUGAGUUGCUUGAUCAUCCAGAUGAGCCUUUUGAACUGUCCUUCCCACCUGUUGGUGGUGUCCACCCUUCCCUCACGUUAAAGACUGUCGUUGUACAUGCUUGCGACAAUCAGGACGGCGCACUGUUUGUUUCCCUCGUAGACUGCGAGAUUGCUCGAGAGACAGGUGAGGGCCACACACGACUUGCCGAGUACAUGUCCAGGGGGACGGUCUGUCACCUGAACAAUGCUGUGAAGCAUUUUCAGCUGGUUCUGGACCAGUGUCCGGUCGGCCAUCCUGACCACGCAGCAGCUCUCACCAACCUUGCGUGGGCCCGCCUUGAAGGUUAUAUUCGACAUGACCCCCAAGACAUCGACAACAUCACUUCCCUCCUCCGCGAAGCCCUUGAAUUGCGUCCGCAGGGCCACCCGGAUCACGCGUCAUCUCUUUAUCGUCUCAUUCGAACAUUGAACUGGCGCUACAGCAGGGAGCACGCCACCGUCUACAUUCACGAAUCCGCACAGCUGUGCUGCAAGCUACUGCCCCUCUGGACAGAGGGCACCUACCUUCGUAGCAUCGUCCUACACAGCGCAGUCGAUUAUGUGAUUCCGCGAUGCAACGAUCUUCCAACCGAUGCAUCUAAUGAAGGCAUCCGCCUUCGACGAAACGUGCUCAAACUCUGUCCUCUGGGUCAUCAACACCGUGCCCGCGCCCUUGACGAGCUUGCACUUGCAGUCGAGGCACGCUUCGACCAGCAUGGGAGCAUUGAUGAUCUAGAAGAGAGCAUACAACUUGGUCGUGAAGCUCUUUCUUUGUGCCUCGAGGAACAUUCCAGCCGUGAUGGCUACCUGAUUAACUUGGCAUUCUCACUCAAGUCCCGCUUUGUUCACCAAGGCAAAUUUGAUGACCUCGAUGAGGCCAUCACUUUGUACGAAGAAGCGCUGCGCCUGUGCCCUGUUGGGCACGCAUCUCGUGAUUUCUCAUUGGACAACCUAGGGGGCGCCCUCCACACCCGUUUCAACCAUCGUGGUGACAUUGAUGACAUCACCCGAGCUAUCAGCCUUCAUCGCGAGGCAUUGACGUUGCGCCCAUCUGGGCAUCCACGUCGUGACAUCACGCUCAGCAACCUUGCCCUCGCGCUUGAAACCAGAUUUAAAAAAUUACAUGUCAGCGAGGAAUCUGCCGAUGAUCUCAACGAGGCCAUUGAUCUGUAUCGUGAAUCCCUUCGGCUAACGGGGCAUGAUCAUCCCAAGCGCCAUGUAACUCUUCACAAUUUGAGCUCGGCGCUCUGCUCUCGUUUCGCGCAAACUCGACAGAAUGAAGAUGUCAAGGAGGCGAUUGAUCUCUGUGAAGAAUCAUUAUUGGCAUUGCCUUCAUUGCACCCGGGUAGAUACUUCAGCUAUAUGAAGCUGAAGCAGGCCUAUUUGUCGCGUUACCGAGUGCACAACAACCCUGUUGAUUUGUCACUUGCAGUGGAGAACUUCAGACUGGCGUCAGGACACCCUACUCAAGGAUUUCCACGACGUAUUGUGACAGCCCGGAACUGGGUCACCGCAGCAGAGCAGCACAGUCAUACAUCUGCGCUGGAGGCCUACAACACAUAUUUUGACCUUCUUGACAGUCAUCUAGCAACACAAUCAUCAACAAUUUCACGGCGCGAACCUGCCACUGCCUUUCGUAACACCAGAUCACUGCCUGUUGAUGCAGCAUCGUGUGCCAUCUGCCUCGACAAUUUACGACGCGCAAUCGAACUCGUGGAGCGGGGCCGUGGCCAACAGUGGUCAUUGGCCUCUCGCCUGAGGAGUCCACUCGAAGACCUCGAGUCCACAAAUCCAAUCCUAGCUCACAAGUUCUCCGAGCUCAACAAGCGUCUGUCUGACGCUCAAGGUUCCGCAGGCAGCACAGACCGAGCUGCUGCUGAUCGCGCAGCAAUAAAAUACAGGAAACUGAUGGAGCAGUGGGACGCUGCGGUGGCUCAAAUCCGUAAUCUUCCAGCUUUCUCGCGAUUUCUACUCCCGCCAUCGUAUGCAGAGUUGCAACUGGCAGCACGUCAUGGACCAGUCAUCAUCCUCAUUGCCAGUACAAAAUUGUGCGGAGCCAUCAUUGUCCCGACGUCAGGAGAGCCCCAUCAUGUUCCCUUACCGUCUAUCACUCUCGCAGAUCUGGAGAAUCUCAAGGGCCGCUUUGCCUGGGCAAUACGGCAAGCAUCUCAGAUGGGCCUGACAGAGUCGAGGACCGACCUCAUAGUACUCUUGCGGGUAGUAUGGCACAAUAUCAUGCUACCUAUCGUCAACGUACUCGAGCACGUACUCGAAUUCAAGCGCCGGUCUCGUAUCUGGCUAUGUCCAACUGCAGCUUUCACGUCCAUUCCUCUCCAUGCAGCUCACCCCUUUAAAAUGAAGGCAGAUCGAUCUGGGUGGGAGCCAUCUCUGGAACAUCUCUACAUCUGCUCGUACACGCCGACACUUUCGGCUCUGAUCAAAUCUAGACAGAUGAUGAAGACAUGUGCGAGUCCGUCCUUCGCGGCGAUUGGACAGGGUCAACCUGGUUCAGGGAAAGGCAAGGAACUCUUGGCUGUUGACAGCGAGCUCGAGCUCGUGCAGAAGCUUGUCCCUGUGGCGGCCAUGCGUACCACUAUUUCUGGCGAAGCAGCCACACGAGCAGGUGCACUCGAAGCUUUGGAACAGAACUCAUGGGUGCACCUUGCAUGUCAUGGCAAGCAAGACCAAGACCAGCCUUACAAUUCCCAUUUCGUUAUGAGAGACAAACCUCUCACGUUGCUUGAUAUCAUGGAGAAAGACAUUCCGCACACCGAGUUCGCGUUCUUGUCGGCGUGUCAUACUGCUGCCGGAGAUAAGAAGACGCCGGACGAAGUCAUCCAUCUCGCAGCUGGCAUCCAAUUUUCAGGGUUCAAGAGCGUCGUUGGCACACUGUGGGAGGUCGACGACGCUGUCGCAAAACACGUCGUUGAAGCUUUCUACAAGACUCUGUUUGAGGGUUUGAAGGAUGGGGGUCUUAUGGACUGUACGAAGGCGGCGCGGGCACUCAACCAUGCUAAGCACGCCGUGAUGAAGACAGUGCCGCUCGAGCAGAGAAUUGUUUUCAUUCAUAUCGCCUCAUCCCCCGCCUGAGUACUUAGUACGAGCCUACUCUGGCUGACUCCCGCCAUCCGG